GUAGGACAACACUACGUGUGUUCCCAGCUGACGGGAUGACUGGUCUGACAGAGCUACUGGUUUUAUUGGGUUUAAAUACUAAAUAAUAUCCUCAUCCUGGAUGUGUUCGUUACCGGAGACUCUCCCGGUCCUCCUCCUCCAGCAGCAGCCCGGUGACUGACGCUCAUCCCCCGCUACAGCCUCCUCCGGUCCGUCAGCUUGACAUGGCGGAGAGCGGCUCGUCGGCUGGAUUCUCCGGUUCCCAGACCGGCUCCCUGACCGGAUCCGGCCUCCCGCCGCCCAGGACCCGCAUCUUCAAGAUCAUCGUGAUCGGAGACUCCGGCGUCGGGAAGACCUGCCUCACCUACCGCUUCUGCGCCGGCAAGUUUCCCGAGAAGACGGAGGCCACGAUCGGAGUGGACUUCAGGGAGAGGCUGGUGGAGAUAGACGGGGAGAAGAUCAAGAUCCAGCUGUGGGACACUGCAGGCCAGGAGCGCUUCAGGAAGUCCAUGGUGCAGCACUACUACCGGAACGUGCACGCCGUCGUCUUCGUGUACGACAUCACCAAUGCGGCCAGCUUCCGCAGCCUCCCCGCCUGGAUCGAGGAGUGCCGGCAGCACGCCCUGGGCUCCGAGGUCCCCCGGAUCCUGGUGGGGAACAAGUGCGACCUGCGGGACUCGGUUCAGGUGUGGACGGACGUGGCGCAGCAGUUCGCCGACGCCCACUCCAUGCCGCUGUUCGAGACGUCCGCCAAGAACCCCAACGGCCCGGGAGACAGCAACCACGGAAACAGCGACCACGUGGAGGCCAUCUUCAUGACGGUGGCCCACAAGCUCAAGUCCCAGAAGCCCCUGGUGCUCAGCCAGCCGCCGGGGGCCUUAGGGGCCACCGUCAGCCUGAGCAGGGGCCGGGAUGAUGGGGCGGACGGGUCCCGGAGCUGGGCCUGCAGCAGCUGCUGAGAGAGGAAACGGUGAGACAGCCUGAAGGAUUUUAUGAGGCUGAGAAAAGAGAGAGCAGAAACAUCUUCAAUCAGAAGGUCUCAGAGGGGUUCUCCUUAACUGCUGGGGCUCAACUUUAUGAACGACUUUCAGGGAUUCUGGGUCGUAUUUACCGCGUGAUUCUCGUUUUUUUGUUGGAUCCACUGAUCCUGAUAAAGUGGCCAAAAAUCGUACUUGAAGGAGAGCCGAGGCGGAGCUGUGGACAGAACACCAGAGCAACACCAUCCCAGCAGCUCGUUCGUGUGGAGACAGAGGAGGCUUCACUGAUUGGUGGUUUCGACAUAUCUUGUCCACUCCCUUCUAGAAGUUUUGUUUGGGUUCUCGGUGACUGCAGGUUGGUUCCAGUCUAGCGGCCUCAUUAAAGGAUCUCUGUGGAGCGUUCUUCUCAUUUAUUGCUGUUUUUAUGUUCAGUCUUUGAAGACGCCUCGCUUCCACACAGUUCUGCCUCAGGCCUGUCCAGCUGUAGAACAGACUGCCUCCUGGUGGUCAUCGUGAGGAAGUUCAUUACAUUUACAGCUUCAGAUAAGAUAGAUAAGAUAGUCCUUUAUUUCAUCCACUUUAUCCGGUAGUUUUAUGGAAUAUGAAAACAGGACCAAUGAUACCUGGAGAGAAAUACGUGAGGAGCUUAUUCUGAAACAUGUGGAGCCCGUUUAGUGAAAUCAUGUGAUGGAGGACAUAUGAAGCUCUACAGGAUGCGUGUUUUCUGUAUGUUACACAGCUAGCAUGUGCUAAACCAGCUGAGGGAGUCUCUUCUAACAGCUGACAGCCUGUUAGUCAUCUUUCCAGCUUCCAGAUGUGCAGUCUGGUCUAAUCUAAAAGUAGAAAUGAUUCAACAGACUCAAGGUAAAUUACGAACCAGAAGAAACAGAAGCAGGAGUUUCAUCUGUUUGGAACUGAGGUGUAAAAAUAUUUCCUCCUCCAAAGAACAUCUGCUAAGUUCAUGUUUGGAUCCACGUUUUCUAUCUCGCGGUUGUCCCUGCCUCUGCUAACUCAGCGCUAAAUGUCUGAGCUGACCGACUACGAACCACGAGUGUCGUUGUCUAGCAAAGCUUUCCAUGGAGUUAAAACAAGUCUACUCCUAGAAUGGUCUGCUGGUUGGAACAGCUCCACAGGGGUCUUUAGAGGGGCCCCUGGCUAAACUGGGGGCCUUUAGAGGGGCCCCUGGCUAAACUGGGGGCCUUUAGAGGGACGACUGGUUAGACUGGGGGUCUUUAGAGGGGCCCCUGGCUAAACUGGGGGCCUUUAGAGGGGCCCCUGGCUAAACUGGGGGUCUUUAGAGGGGCCCCUGGCUAAACUGGGGGCCUUUAGAGGGACCACUGGCUAAACUGGGGGCCUUUAGAGGGGCCCCUGUCUAAACUGGGGGCCUUUAGAGGGGCCCCUGGUUAAACUGGGGGCCUUUAGAUGGGCCCCUGGCUAAACUGGGGGCCUUUAGAGGGGCCCCUGGUUAAACUGGGGGCCUUUAGAGGGACUACUGGUUAGACUGGGGGUCUUUAGAGGGGUUGCUGGUUUGACUGAAGGGAAUCAUUUCAUUUUAAGGUUCUGUUUGAGACAGAUUCAGAGCCACUUCACUAACUUCUUACAGUUGAUUGGUGAUUUUAAAAAGGGAUUGUGUUUAAAAUCUUCCAUCUAGAGAAGCCCUGAGGUGAUCACAUCCACGUUUCCACGUCUAAAGCCUCAGACUGGAGGGAUUAUUCUGCUCCACUCAGUUUCAAACUGCUUUUUCCUCCUGUUCUCUAUGAAUCGUGUUGUCAUGCUGAUGGAUUUAGAUGACCUGAGGUUUCAUAGCUGGGUGGUCAGCGGACCUUAUUAACCAAUCAGCAGACAAUUGGGGCAUUUUUCUGUCUGACUGAGGCAGGAUGGUCUCAGAGUUUAGAGCUGAUAGGAGCUAAUUGGAGAAGAGAGUUUCACCAGAUAGAUGCGGUCUAAAGAUCUGAAUGCUGGUCUGCAUUUAAACCAGGAGACUUAAAUUCAUCUUAGUCCAAGUUCCACAUCCAGACCAGUAUAACCACAGCAGAAUAACCUAUAACCUAUAAAUAACCACAACUCCUAAUGGUUCCUUUGUUUUAGUGCAAAAAUGUUCACAUUUAAGGAAUUAUCUUUUCGCUAAACAUCAUGAACCAGAAAUUUAUGAAGAAAAAUAAAUUCAGUUUCAUCAACAUUCAGCCUCAGUUUAUCAUUUCCACAUUACAACUUCCAGAUCACAGAGUGUCGACAAAGGAACACAACAUUUAGUCAUCUGGAACUGAACCAGAGAGGAUUUACUGGAGGAUCAAAACCACAAAAGUCAGACAAAACAGACAAAAAACAACAAAAGCAAGACAAAAAUAUUACAAAAAUGUGACACAAAAUGACAAAAGCAAGAAACAAAACAAAGAAAGAGACAAAAAAUUAGACAAAAAAAGUUACAAAGUGACAAAAGCAUGAAACAAAAUGACAAAAACAUGAGACAUGACAAGUCAGACAAAAAAGGACAAAAACAAGACAUAAUACUACAAAAAUGAGACACAAAAUGACAAAAGAACAAUGAACAAUCUCGUAUUUUACUUUAUGAUCAAAACAACUUGUCAUGGUCUAGAAAUUAUUUUAAAUUUAUAGUUUCUUCUCUGUAAAUUUUACACUUUGUAAAUAGGACCAGAUUGGACCCUCUGGAGGCCCACGGGCCGUGGUUCUGCUGCUUUGGUCUUCUCAGAGGACAGAUCAAACCUUCUCUCAGGACUGUUAGAGGCAAUGCACUGAGACAAACCACCAGGUGAUCUGUCAGCGACUACAGAGUUUUAUUCUGGGUUUGGUUGCUGCUUCUUCUGUUUUCUCAUCCAUCUGUCUUCAUGCAGCUGUCGUUUCUUUUGCCUUAUUUUGUUCACAAAGCAGCUGUAUCUGUCAUCGCCCGCCAGAGUUCCUGAUUCAGUGACAGAUGAAUGAAACAGGGUGGUAAGGAGGCGCUUGCAGUGGUUUAAUUACGUGUAACAUUGCAAUAAACUACCCUGAACAUUUCA